AAGGAGGGAAUUCAGUCUAGGAUCCUCACACCAACUACUUGCAAGGGAGAAGGAAAAGGCCAGUGAGGCCUGGGCCAGGAGAGUCCCGACAGGAGUGUCAGGUUUCAAUCUCAGCACCAGCCACUCAGAGCAGGGCGUGAUGUUGGGGGCCCGCCUCAGGCUCUGGGUCUGUGCCUUGUGCAGCGUCUGCAGCAUGAGCGUCAUCAGAGCCUAUCCCAAUGCCUCCCCAUUGCUCGGCUCCAGCUGGGGUGGCCUGAUCCACCUGUACACAGCCACAGCCAGGAACAGCUACCACCUGCAGAUCCACAAGAAUGGCCACGUGGAUGGCGCACCCCAUCAGACCAUCUACAGUGCCCUGAUGAUCAGAUCAGAGGAUGCUGGCUUUGUGGUGAUUAUAGGUGUGAUGAGCAGAAGAUACCUCUGCAUGGAUUUCAGAGGCAACAUUUUUGGAUCACACUAUUUCAACCCGGAGAACUGCAGGUUCCGACACUGGACGCUGGAGAACGGCUACGACGUCUACCACUCUCCUCAGCAUCACUUUCUGGUCAGUCUGGGCCGGGCGAAGAGGGCCUUCCUGCCAGGCAUGAACCCACCCCCCUACUCCCAGUUCCUGUCCCGGAGGAACGAGAUCCCCCUCAUCCACUUCAACACCCCCAGACCACGGCGGCACACCCGGAGCGCCGAGGACGACUCGGAGCGGGACCCCCUGAACGUGCUGAAGCCCCGGGCCCGGAUGACCCCGGCCCCGGCCUCCUGCUCACAGGAGCUCCCGAGCGCCGAGGACAACAGCCCGGUGGCCAGCGACCCGUUAGGGGUGGUCAGGGGCGGUCGGGUGAACACGCACGCUGGGGGAACGGGCCCGGAAGGCUGCCGCCCCUUCCCCAAGUUCAUCUAGGGUCGCUGGAAGGGCACCCUCUGUAACCCAUCCCUCAGCAUAGCAGCUCUUCCCAAGGACCAGCUCCCUUGACGUUCGGAGGAUGGGAAAGGUGACAGGGGCAAUGGAUGGAAUUUGCUGCUUCUCUGGGGUCCCUGCCACAGGAGGUCCUGUGAGAAUCAACCUUUGAGGCCCAAGUCAUGGGGUUGCACCACCUUCCUCACUCCACAUAGAAGACCUUUCCGAAUAGGAAACCCCAACAGGUAAACUAGAAAUUUCCCCUUCAUGAAGGUAGAGAGAAGGGGUCUCUCCCAACAUAUUUCUCUUCCCUGUGCCUCUCUUCUUUAUCACCUUUAAGCAAACAAACAAACAAACAAAAAAAGCAGUGGGUUCCUGAGCUCAGGACUUUGAAGGUGUGGGGGAAGAGGCGAUCCAGAGAUCCCAGAAGCUUCCCCACUGCCCUGUGCAUUUAUGUGACAUGCCCCGAUCCCACUGGCAUUUGAGUGUGCAAACCUUAACAACUGAACGGGGCAAGUUGAUGAAAACACUACUUUCAAGCCUUCGUUCUUCCUUGAGCAUCUCUGGGGAAGAGCUGUCAAAAGACCGGUGGUAGGCUGGUGAAAACUUGACAAGUAAACUUGAUGCUUGCUGGACUGAGGCAGGAAUCAUAAUAGAAAACUCAGCCUCCCUACAGGGUGAGCACCCUGUGUCUCGCU